AUGCCACCAAAGAAGAAGGCGGCGAGUGUCCCUGUGCCUUUGGCACGAGUAUCAAGACCUACGGGCGAACACGACCUUGGGGAAGGUCUAGUCGCUAACCGCAUGAUUCCUGCGGGAACACGAAUCGUCCUCGAGGAACCGGCUCUGGUUUGCAAAACAAGCAUCUUGCUCCUUCCUCAGAAUCAGGCCAUAGAAGACCGCUUGAAGGUUGAGUUCGAGGAGUUUGACGAGGCGACUAAAGAAAAAGUUAAUGAAUUGACGAACAACUUCCCGUGCAAGGACAUUGGCAACUUCGGAGAGAAAGUGUAUAUCGACACACAUUAUAGGUAAGUCUUCUCCGAGUCCCUCACAACAAAACCCUCUAUCUUAACACAAUAGUAGCGGCAUCUUCAAGUCAAACGCUAUACCAUUGUCGCCGGACCCUUCAAACGAACAUUCAGACAGCAUCGGUCUCUUUCCCGUCUUCCUCUGCAAGGUGAAUCACUCUUGUCGUCCAAACUCCAUGCAAAGCUUCAAUUCAAAGAUGAACGUCGCUACUCUCCACGCAAUCGAAGAUAUCAACGCCGGUGACCAAAUCACAAUCUCGUACGUUCCCGAGUGCAAAUUUGAUAGAAAUUACCUUUGGAAAUACUACAGAAUCAACUGCUAUUGCUCCUGGUGCCGCAUCUUAGACAGAGAGGACGAACAACAACUUGAGCGUUUCCACGAGAGUAAUGAGAAUCAUGACAUCAUCCAAAGAAAGCUACGCAUUCAUACAAAGCUUGCCAGCAAAGCCCAUGAACUUGAUAAGGAGACACUCGGCGCUGCGUUCAAGAUUGGACGGGGCCUUUUGAGUAUGAUCAGCAGAAUUGAGGAUGUUUCUGAUUAUCGCCUUGGCCAAUUCUACUACAAUAUGUUCUUACUUACAAUAGCGGAUAAGGGCUCAUCAAAGGGGGCGAUCGAGUUCUUCGCAGCUUUGGCGUGGGACGCUUACCGAACUUGUGGAGGCACUGAUGCUCCCAAAAUUCCCGAGAUCAUGAAGUUUAUGCAAAAAAACGUUCUUCAGAUCCCUCGAGGCGCACCACCUAUGACAGCACUAGACUGGCAUGAGCAGAUAAAUCAGACAUUAGUCGAUCUAGUCCAACAACACGAACAACAUGGAGAAAAAGAGGUAUCAAGCGAGUUGUAUCGAGAAGCAAUUUGGCCAGAAGAUGACCUCAUUGAUGACGAAGAUGAAGGCGAUGAUCACGAUUCCGAUGAUGGAGAUAAUGAGGAUAACCAACCACCACCACCAGGCCAACUCAUGGUAACGGAAUGGAUCUUCUUCACAAAAGAGGUUGACUCACAAGCCGGAGACACUACCGAUGAAGACGAGCCCUCCGCGAAGGAACGUGCCAAACUUGACGGUUUCGUGGUCUCCGAAGAUGAUUCCAACGAUUCCAAUUCUGAGUGGGGAAGUCGUGAUGAGGAAGCCCUGAUCGCUCUUUCCGCUAAGAAGAAAAAGAUGAUGAGAAAGAAGGCAAAGAAGGAAGGAAAUCCAAUCCAGGGUAGGGGUAGACCAAGAGGAAGUCGUGCAAGUAUCAGAGGUAGAGGCACUGGCAGGGGCAGAGGUGGUGGAAGGGGCCGAGGCGCAUCUAGAGGAAGACCAAGCCUUGGGCGAGGUCGAGGCACUCAUUCUGGUACUCCAUCUGGCCGACCAAGAGGAAGACCCAGAAAGAGUGUUUCAAAUGAGUAUGAGGAAGAUGAUGAAGCCGCUGAUGGUAUUGAAGCCAACAGUGAAGUUCAGGAUGCAGACAGUGUUGAAGAUGACGAUGGUGGCCAAGUUGUUGUUAUUGAGGACUGA